AUGCAACCUAACUCUUCUUGUGUAACCAAAGAGUUGAGUUGCUUUCAUAGUAUCAAAUAUGGAAGGUACAUCUUUUAUUCGUAUUCUAAAAACAGAAGGAAGAUAUAAAUACUUAUAAUAAUUUCUAGGUAAUAAAGUUCUAAUUAAAUAAAGUUCUAAUUAAACUAGCACAUUUUUUAUCAUUAUGUUGCAAUGAUUAGAUAAAAGACAUUACAUUAGUGUCAUAUAUGUGAGAAGUAAGAGAUUUAAUUCACUUAAUAUAAACAAAAUAUUUUUCUAAAUUCAUUUGUUGUGAACUAAACAAAAGAUAAUGUGUAAAGAGAUAUUUUUUGUUUAUAGUGCAAAGUAUAAUGUUUUUUUUAUAGAACACAACUUGUAUAUUUUAAUUUAUUUUGUUAUGUUAUUAGAUGUAUGUAUCUUUCUGGUAAAGAAAUACUUCAGUAAUUUAACAUAUUUAUUAUUUCAAUAAGUUCAGUACUAAUGUCUAAUUCUAGUAUCUUUCAAAUUUGUUACAAAUAUUCUAUAAUAAAUAUAAUAUAUAUAAUUCGACGAAUAAUUUAUGUAUGUACAAGUUGUGUUGUAUAUUUUAAAUUACGAAACAUUGUACUUGAUAUACUGAUAUAUUUUUUAUUUGAAUAUUCCACUUUAAAUUACGAAUUGGCUUAUAUUUAUUAAAAGUAAUACUUUUAUGUUUCUGUAAAUAAUGAAAUUUAAUGUAAAUAUAUGAUAUAUACUAUUUAGAGAUUUCUAAAGUAUACAUUAUACAGGCUAUUCUAUUUGAGAUAACUGUUUUUAGUUCAUGAAACAUUUAUUGAUGUAUAAUUAUUGAUGCUGUAUGUUUUAUUAUAAAAUCUUUUGUAGAAAUGUAUAUAUAUAUUAACUGUACAUUCAAAUAAUAUAUUGAAAGAAAAAUUGAGGAUAUGUUUUCAUAUUAGUUUAAAUCAAAUUGUAAAGAAGUUUAUGCAUAUUAAAAUUAUAUAAAUAAAUUAAUUCAUUAGAGUUAGUCAAAUCAGAAUAGCCUAUCAAUAUUAUGUAAUGCCCAAUUUCCAUUGAAUAGUUUAUUAAGUUUUAUCAUUUUUAAAUUUUAUUUUUAGAUAUUUUAAUCAAAGUGGAAACCUUGUAAUUUGCACUUAGAUUUAUAAUGGAUAUAUAUCAUUAAUAUCAUGAUGUAUCUUAAUAAUUCUUUAAAGAUCGUUCAAUUUGCAAUUUUUUAUUAACAUAAGUGAUAUAUUUCAUUAUAAAUCGUUGCUGAAUAAAAUUUUUGAAUAAUUGUUAAUAUAUUAGGUACAUGUAAAAGUAUCUAUAUUAUAUAAAUUAAGUAAUUCAUAUAUCGCUGAUAUGUGAAAUUAGCGAGAUUACUCUUUACAUCUAUUGCAAGGAUAUUUUAAAGCAGUAAUUGAUUUAUACAAAAAAUAUUUUUUGCCAAAUAAUGUUUUAAUUUUUUUUUAGGUUUUUUAGGCAAUUUUGUAUAUAACAGUAAUGUUGUUUGGGUCUUCCUUAUAUAUUUUAUUUCCGUAUAAAUUAUAAUAUUUGAAUGCAUGCUUUUAUCCUUGUACAUUAUGAUGUUAUGUAUAUUUUAUGUGAAUUUUUAAAUCAAGAAUAUCAAAAUCUAAUGAUUGAAAAUUAUUUUAAUCAUUUUCAGCUACCGAUUUAAAUGUACGUAAUGAUUCUCACAAAAAUGUGGAAUACCAAAAAGGUUAAUAAUUAUUUUUUAUUUUAGCUGAAUGUUUGAAAUUUAUGAUUGAGAGUGCAAUUAUGUAUAAGCAAAAAAAUUUUCUAUUGAUGGAAAAUGGGCAAAAAUACUACAAUUACGCACAACAGUGA